UUCUCACUAUACAUCUUCUAAGCAGUUACCCAAUUAAGCAGGCCCCUACAAGGGUAUUAUAGCGAAGAAAUUUAAAUGGCAAACUCUCUUAAUAUCCUAACUAUAUAUACACACAUACGGGGUACCAACCUUUCUUCCAUAAUACUUGAUAUUCAUCACCUCUAAUACCAUAUAUCCAUAAACCUUACUACCUCUCUAAAAUUUCAAAAAGAUCUCCUUCAAUAGAUUUCCCUCUCUUUAGCAUCUUCUCUCUGCUCAUCGAUUGUUUCCUUCAAAACAGCAAUACCAUGGGUCUUAGAGACUUGGGUGCUUCACUUCCUCCCGGGUUUCGGUUUUACCCGAACGAUGAGGAGUUGGUCCUUCACUACCUUUACAAAAAGAUCAAGAAUGAGCAAGUUCUCAAGGACACCUUGGUGGAAAUUGAUUUGCAUACUUGCGAGCCAUGGCAGCUUCCUGAAGUGGCUAAGCUGAACGCAAACGAAUGGUACUUCUUCAGCUUCCGAGACCGCAAAUACGCAACCGGGUACCGAACCAAUCGCGCGACGACAUGUGGCUAUUGGAAGGCAACAGGGAAGGAUCGAACGGUGUUGGACCCAAUCACACGUGAGGUUGUAGGGAUGAGGAAGACAUUGGUGUUCUAUAGGAACAGAGCUCCCAAUGGCAUCAAAUCCGGUUGGAUCAUGCAUGAGUUUCGUUUGGAGACCCCACACUCUCCACCUAAGGAAGAUUGGGUUUUGUGCAGAGUUUUUCACAAAGGCAAAUCAGACAUUAACAGUGCUAACAAACUUAGCCCACAACUCAUGUUUGAAGCCACACCUCCAUCAUCACCACCAACCAAUUACCAAAUUACCAUGCCUGUAAUUGGGUGUAACAACCAACUAGCCCCAUUCCCUUCCUCAAUGGCAACAACAACAACAACCCAAAAUUACAACAACUCUUUUUUGAACCUCCUUCAGUUUUCUCUGGAAACAAACACCAAUUGUAGCAGCAUUACUCAAAUUAGUACACCCAAAUGUGAUGAUGAUGGAUAUGGGUUCUUAUGGGACAUGGACUUAGAAGAAAAUAGCUUCCAAGAUGGUACUACUGUGACCUCAAAUUUGGAUGGGAUCAGAUUUGAGGUUGGUAAUAAUAAUAGCAUGGUCCUGUAAUUAAUUAAAAUGUGUGAUUUGUACAUAGAUAUAUAGGUUUUUUAUUAUCUCGCAAGUUAUGGAAAUUUGUGGGUUUGUGAUGUGAUGAUAGUGUUUUGGCUUCAUGGGGCAAGUCAUGUGCUUGAUAGGGAUUGAUUGUUUCGUGUCUGUAGUUUACUGUCAUGAGCUCAGGGUGCUCAAUUGCAGCUUUUUUUUCUUCUUUUUUGGGUGGGGGUGCUUACACAGAUUAGCAUUUGUUAAUGAUCUUUUAAUUGUGUACAAUUUCUUGAUUUAUAUGUAUAUAUAUAUAGUAGUGUCAUACAAUACUCACUAUUUUAUUA